AUGGCCAGGCACGACUCCAACACCCUCAUCAAGUUUGCUAAUGACACAACAGUGUAUAAGGGACAGGUUCAUCUCCAUAUCUUUGAGGACUGGUGUGGCAGCUCUACAGCUCAGCUCCGCAAGAACCUGCACUACCCACUUUACCCACACUAUAGAACCACUGUAAAGAAGCUGGUUGUUUCUCCCAGAUGGACCAACUAUGGCCUCAGGAUCUUUGGCUAUCUCCACCCCUAUACUGACAGUGAGUUUGUGUUUGCGGUGAGCUCUGAUGAUAACUCUGAGUUCUGGCUGAGCCAGGAUGACUCUCCACUCAACCUGCAGCUACUGACCUGGAUCGGCAAGACUGGCAUGGAGUGGACGGCACCUGGUGAGUUUGGGAAGUACGCCAGUCAGACAUCCAGACCGGUUAGGCUGUCAGUUCAGAGGAUGUACUUCUUUGAGAUCGUCCAUAAACAAAACGACAGAGGAACAGACCACAUGGAGGUGGCGUGGCAGCUGAACCAGGAGGGUCUAAGCUUUACAGUCAUCAGCUCCAAGUACAUAUCCCUCUACACCAAUGAGUCCGCUAUGAGGAUCAGUGACGCCACUCACAUACCCCAAACGGCCGCCAGUCACACCCGCACGCCUAGCAACCAGCCUGACAACCAGCUGAGCAGCCAGCCUGUGACCGACAUGCGUUGAGUUGACCCACGGGACACCCUCUACCAGAUCCCUGCCCUAGACAGUAGGUACCUACAUGGUGUGUUACCUGACUGCUCCUAUAAACCAAGCUACAUCAUCAAAGGCUUCCCUCUACUGCGAUACCAUGGCCUGCAGUUUGUCCACAUGUCCUACAUCUACCCCAAUGACUACACACGGCUCACACAGAUGGAGACAGAAAACACCUGCUUCUACCACAACAGUCCCCUAGACCUGGACAGGUGA